AAAAAUUGAUAAUAUUCAUUAUCUGAAUGAAAGUUCAAAAUUUGAAACUGAAUCUAAUAUUAUUGGAAAAAUUGAAGCUUCAAAAUUAAAGGAUGCUGCGAAACCCAAUAGGUACAAAGGUAGUAAG